GUUAGAUCGGUGAACAAGUAGAUGUCAGCGCUGAGCGCGAUCCGAAGGUGCGCUUUUCUCUCGAUUGCUCGCCUCGCUGUGGAUAUAACUUGAAAAUAAUGGGUAAUUACGUCGCUACCUACAUAACACAUCCCGACACGAUGCCCAAGUCCGACGGUAAACCGAUGUUCGAUCCUAUGUACGGAUUUCCCAAAGGUCGAAAAAUUAGAGAGAUGCCGUUGUCGGAGGAAGACAUGAUGGCUUACAAGAUCCCUAAGGACAAACGCGAUUAUUGCGCCCACAAGUACUUGGAAUUACAUGAGUGCAAGAGACGUCAUUAUCCUUUCAUGUUGAAGUGCGCGCACGAGAGACACCAAUAUAACGAGUGCUACGUUGAAGAUUACGUUUUGAGAAUGAAGGAAUUCGAAAGGGAACGUCGUCUUCUGGAAAGACAAAAGAGGAUACAAACAAGAGCGCAAGCUGCGACAGCGUGAAAGUCCAUAGAGUUUCGAUAAGUUUUGCUCAUCGUCGUGUCGAUAACUUAGGUUGCACAUAUGUAAAGGUGAAAUUGUGUCCCGUUACUGUACAUAUAUCAAUAAAAAAUGUAUUUAACAAUAAA